AUGGGCCGCGGAACGAUUGUACCAUUGUACGGAGAGUCACACGUUUGUAAUACAGUCGAAGAACUCAUUAUGACAUUUCCCCGUUACGUUUUAAUUGAGGAAAACUUGAAGAUAUGUUCCGAGUCGAAAUUCAUUCAGCUUCAGGCAGGUAGCGAACUAGAGCUUUUACGAAACAGCAAGGAUAAAUACUAUCAAGACAAAUUAAUCUGCCGUUAUGGGGAUCAAACGUUGAAGCUGAAACCGAGUGAUAUUGGUCGCUUUAGAGUCAGGCCUGACCCUAACCUUUACAGCGUCAAAGAUAUUCUCCAACGCCUCAAAUUGCCACAGAUUAUUGACUUUAAGGAAAUCCUUCAGGAUCAGUGGGAGAAAGACGUGAAUUUUUUCGAUGGACUUUCUCCUGAACAGAGUUACACUGGAAAAUUUCUAUUAACCGGUCUUUUCAAGGACAAGGCAGCCGUGGUUGUCGCCCUGGGGCCAAACUCCAAACCAAAUACUCAACCUUUUAUUCUUCCUCUGAGUUCAGAUUUGAUACAACAGCUCAAAUUCAGAUUCGCCUUUCGGGGAGAAUUUUCUCAGUUUCAUUUUAAAGGCGAGUCGAACUCGCUGACAAGAAUGAACAAAAAAGAGGAUCAAAAGAAAAAAAACACUAAAAAGAAAGAAACUCAUUUAAAAAGAGGAAAAAGCGAAGCAGAUAUAACACAGAGCCAACAGAUUCCAUUUGAACUCACCUAUACGCAGUACAGAUUCCCUGAGUCAGCCGACAAAUCUAAGCAAGGGGACAAGAUAUUCAAAAAGGUUCAGUCUGCUGUGAAAUCUGUAAAAGGUAUCUUCAAAAAGGCUUCUUCCCAAGAUGUGGCUGCAAUCCGAAACAGUGUUCUCAAGAUUCGACGUCAUUCACCAUUUAAGAAACGGGGCACUUCUUCCGUUUCAAGUGAAGAAAUGAGUCAAGAUUCCAACUGGAACGCGGCAGCAACCGACGAGAAAUCAGAUUUUUCAACAGGGGAGGAGGAGAAGGAGGAGGAGGAGUCGUAUACUGAAAAUAGUCCAUCUGUUAAUAUAAACGAGGAUGUCUAUGAGUUUGAGGUCAUAAGUACGAUUCCCAAAGCAGCGUUUCCAGUUCCCCCUAAAAGGAAAUUAAAACGUUCUUCAGAAGUUGCUGUUGCAGAUGGAUGUAGCAGUGAUGCUUGUGACGACAUUAAGACCAAUGUCAGUAACAGCAAUGAAAAAGAAUCGGCUCAGCUAGAAGACAUGUCAGUACAGGAGUUGUGUGAAAUUCUCCAUGAAUGCGGAUUAAGUCGCAUUUCCAAAAUGUGCAAGGAACAUUCGCUAGACGGCGCUUUCCUGUGUGCGUUACCAGACGAUUCAUUACAAGAGCAACCAUUCUCAUUGACCCAUCUCGAGAUGAUGAAAAUAACAAUGAUGAAGAAAGGGUGGAAACCCAAAAUAAAAUAA